AUGAAAUAAAUUUUGGCAAUCGCAUUACUUAUCCUUUGUAUCACAGCUAGAAAACAUCACAAAUAAGAAGGUGAAGAGCCAACAAAUCCAAUGGUUUAAUGCAUUUAAGAUAAUUGCAUGAAUGAGGCAUUUGGAUGUGUUUUUGAUGAUGCAUGUGCUGAAACAAUGAAAACCUGUGAUGAAGAACAUGGAGAAGAUAUGAAAAUUGACACAGUAAUUAUCAUUGUAAUUUUUUAAGCUUGUUGAAUGCACCGCCAAUAAUGAAUUUGCUUCUGCAUUUGCCACUUGCAUGUAAACUAAUUGUGCCAGUUUAGAGUAGGUUAUGAGAUUCUUCAACAGAAGAAAAUGAAC